AUGGCCAACCCUUUGACCACUCUACUACUUGUGGCUCUACUUUCUCUUUCAGCUGCUGCAGCAACAAGAACUAAGCUGCAACCAACCAACAAUGUGGAUGGUGGUAUUUGCAAAUCAUUGGUGGAGACACAAGGCUAUGCUUGCGAAGAACAUAAAGUAACAACAGCAGAUGGUUAUGUCCUUGGCUUGCAAAGGAUUCCAGCUGGUCGGUCCAGUAACAAGACAGCAGCUAAGCUGCCUGUUUUGUUACAACAUGGACUCCUUAUGGAUGCUUCAGCUUGGCUGCUCAAUGAGCCGGAUAAGGCUUUGGCAUUCAUCUUGGCAGAUAAGGGUUUUGAUGUAUGGCUUGCCAACGCUCGCGGGACAGAAUCUAGCCGCGGACACACAUCACUUAGCCCUAAUGAUCCGGCAUACUGGGACUGGUCAUGGGAUGAAUUGACUGCUUAUGAUCUUCCUGCUGCAUUCCAGUACGUGAACAAUCAAACAGGACAGAAAUUACACUAUGUUGGUCAUUCCUUGGGCACUUUGACUGCCCUUGCCGCCUUCUCCCAAGAAAAGCUGUUAAACUUGCUAAGAUCAGCUGCUUUGCUUAGUCCAAUUGCUUAUCUUGGUCAGAUAUCGCCGUUUGGAAGAACUGCUGCCGACAUAUUUUUAGCUCAAGUAAACCGACUUUUGGAUUUUAUCUGCACAAGACCAGGCAUUGACUGCUCCAACUUUCUAUCAGUAACAACAGGCCCAAAUUGCUGCCUCAGUUCUUCAAGCAUUGAUGCUCUUUUUAAGCAUACGCCACAAACUACUUCGACAAAGAAUGCUCUCCAUCUCUUUCAGAUGGUCAGAAAGGGCACCAUAGAAAUGUAUGAUUACGGUCUAUCAAUCACAAACAUGCAGCACUACAGGCAGCCUACUCCUCCUGUGUACAACAUGGCAAACAUUCCAAAAGAUGUUCCUCUAUUCCUCAGCUAUGGAGGGAGGGAUCCUCUUUCGAACGUGUUUGAUGUGAACCUUUUGCUGGACAACCUCAAAGAUCAUGACAAGGACAAGCUUGUGGUACAGUUCAGAGAGGAUUAUGCCCAUAUGGAUUUUAUUAUGGCUAUGAACGCCAAUCAGGUUGUGUAUGAUCCUCUACUUUCCUUCUUCAGGCUCCAUUGA